UUGGAUUUUGGAGAACGAGAGUAAAGAAAGAAGAAGCUGAGGAAUGGAUACGAAGCAAGCCGGUUCUUCGCUCGAUUCUCUAAUCGCUUCCUUCAACAAACGCAUUUCUGAGCUACAAGAGCUUGCGAUUGGUCGCAAUAUGUACCCAGCUACUUCUGUUGCUGAUCUAUCAGCAAUGGAUACGGCCGUGAAGGCAAUGGAGUUUCAGAUGCAGGCCAUCAAAGACCGACUACGGGAGGAGACCGAAGCAAUCCCCAAGGCCAAAAAACUAGUCGAUGCUUCCCUGCGCCAGCAAAAGAAAUUGCAGCAUAUGUUUGCUCACAUGCCGUCUCGCUUGCCUGAAAGUCUGGCAGUGUCAAGCGGGAACCCUUAUAAUUGUCUGACACAGGAGAACCCCAACCAUGGCCUCCAUUUUGGCUCCGUGAAACUGGAGGAGGAGCCUGUGGCAUUACCCAAGGAGAAGCAGGAGAAAAAGGGUCGUGGCUCUGCACCUGUGUGGUACAUUUCUGCUGAAGAACUUGAUUCAUUGUCAUCUUAUAUGAGGGGGAGGCUCACUCUAGACAAGGUGAAUGCUGCUAUCAAUGACAUGGCUUCUUAUGCAGAGGCAAAUGCUCAACUUAUUGCAGCUCCCAAAAAGAAGAUGGCGGACAAUGCUUGGGAGAAGGCUCUUGAAUUAAGAGAUAUUGCAAUGACAGAAGGUGUAAAAGGCAAACACUUUUUCCUGGAAACUGACAUAAAAGGACCAGCAUUGAAACUUGAUAAUACUGGGAAAGCAAUUCUGACUGUACUUCGGCAUCUAGGUCGCAUAAAUGAGACUAGAAUUGGGCAUCAUCGUGUGAUCAUCCUCUCAAAGCCUCAUUGACUGGCUCAGUGGAUUUCUACGUAUUUACUUGGAAACUUUGUAUCUUGUUUUCUUAUCUAAUCAGUUUUAUAAAUGCAAUUUUGAUAAAUUACUACACAAGUUCGCAGUCAUAUCUUAAUAUUUUGGUAGUGGAGAAAUACAAUAAAGGCUUGUGUUUGAUAGACUAAACUAGUGUAAACCAAAUGGAAAGUUUCAGGAAAAUUAGUU